GGCGUGGCUUAUUCCUCUCAUGCAGACAGAGAAAAAAAAAAUCUGUGACAUCUUGUCCACAACAGACUCAGAACUGUGGACAACAGUAAAAGAAAACUUCCUGCCCAACAAACAGAUGUGAAACCCGCAACAGACAUGGACUGUGUCAGCAACCAAGAUUCCCUGUAUCUUCCCAACUCUGUCACUGCAUUGCUGGAGGACUUGGACCUAUGGAGCCAGUUCCACCAGGAAGGGACCGAGAUGAUCAUCACCAAAUCUGGACGGCGGAUGUUCCCACAGUGCAAGAUUAGACUAUUCGGACUGCAUCCUUACACUAAAUAUGUGGUGCUGGUAGACUUUGUCCCUCUGGAUAACUGCAGAUACAAGUGGAGUAAGAAUCAAUGGGAAGCUGCAGGAAAAGCAGAACCACACCCACCUUGCAGGACUUAUAUUCACCCCGAUUCACCGGCCCCUGGAGCCCAUUGGAUGAAGGAUGUCAUCUGCUUUCAAAAACUAAAACUUACCAAUAACACAUUGGACCAACAUGGACAUAUCAUCUUGCACUCAAUGCACAGAUACAAACCCAGGUUCCAUGUCAUCCAGUCUGAUGAUAUAUACAACACCCGAUGGGGGUUACUGCAAGUGUUCAGCUUCCCAGAGACAGAGUUUACAGCAGUCACAGCUUACCAAAAUGAGAAGAUCACAAAAUUAAAAAUUGACCACAAUCCAUUUGCUAAAGGAUUUCGGGAACAAGAAAGAAGCCACAAAAGGGAUGACCUUUUGAAACUCGUGCCACAAAGUCCAAGCAAACGUCAGAAAAGAAAGAAGUGGGAGAACAAUCCUGAAGAAGAUGAAGAUCGCUGUAAGGUUGCACGUGUGAAGGAAGAACCUGGUGAGGUUUCUACAGGAGUAUAUGCACAAUGGGUUCCAGAUCAUGAAGGAAGCCAGAACCUGGCCCCCAUCUCCCCAGAUAUGACGGGAUCCCCAAGCCAAGAGCAGCAGGUCCCUUCAUCUUCCUCCAGCUUUUUGUACAGAAGUCCAAACAGAAGAUACCUUCAGUCACUUUCAGGCUCUUUGGAUUCAUGUGAAGCACAAGGCAGACGUCUUACGCCAGAUGUGGCCACAGUACCAGAGCCUGAUGCUUUUCAGGUGCCCUCAUUCCAUUCACUGCACCCUGCACAGGAUCGAUCUAGUGUAAUGAACAUUCCCAUUGAAACACCAACAAGACAGAGUCUGCGAGGACCCAUGUAUAGCCCAUAUGGAGCAGAACAGUGGAUGGUGCCCACACAAGGGCAGUAUCGCCCCAUGAGCUACUCUUAUCCAACAGAAUUUAGCACACAGGGGGCAGUUGCCCACAAUGGCAUGUCAGACUGGAGCCAGUAUUCUCUGUUUCCGUAUACCUGCUGGUGAAUUGGAAGAAACACAGACCAUGGACUGCAUAAAAAUAUUUGCUGACAUAGCUAUCUAACUUUCAACUUUUUAGAAACUUUUCUUUUUUUAUUUAAUUUUUUUGAGAAUGGAUCCAAUACAUAUUGGGAAAACCUCACACUUUACAAGUCACUCUGGCUUAAAGAAAAAUGAAGACACAGAGAGGAAUAUUUUCCACUUGUUCCAUUCCAUGCAAACUAAGGGAUUUUUUUUUUCUUGUAUAUAUUGUAUGCUUUGCUUACGGAACUGUAAAAUUGAUAAAGGACUGUUGUUGGGAUUAAAUCCACAAGACCAUCGCUGCAAAAGGUGUUUUAAGUUUUACUUUCCAAUUUUCUGAUGGACUAAAUAGAAAUACAAGAUGCUCUUAGACUGUGACUGGAUGGCACAAAGCAUGGACUAUAUGGAGUCAGAUCAUCUUCUGCUGUGCAAUACCUAAUACCUAAUACCUUUUAAAUAAUAAUGCCUCUACCCUCAGUUUCCAGCCUCCUGGAAGAUCCUUAGGGCUAGAAAAACCCCUUUUGUUCAGCAUUGCUUUGCACCGUGGUGGUGUCUGUUUUUCUGUGGGAUGAAUAUUAUGUUUGAGCUGUAACAUUUGCUUUUUGCACGUUUUCCUAUUCGGAUGUGAAAGCACAUUAUAGGGCACAUGAUAUAUAAGAAAUGCACAUGGUUUUUAAAUUUGUUGCAUGUGUCACUCAAGGUUGUAUAUACAAAGCAUGAAAGUUUCAACUGGGGGUUUUCUCUGGACUUUGGGCUUUAAUGUGUUGAUUAGAGGAAUUCUUCACAAAUUAUGUAACCUUUAGAUUGGUGUAUUGUUUUACAGGCUGCAGCAGAGGGUUGGUCUAGAUAACCAGUGCUAUAUGUAGUCUUAUUUCUCAGAAUGAGCCACCCAUAUCUUGGUUGUCUGAUACAGAAUGGUGUGUCCUAUGUAUAGACCUUAAUAUCUGUAAAUAGAUUUUAUUUAAAGAGACUGGGAAUUGUAUCCCAUAGGAACAUGUCCUUCUACUGAAGGCUGUUUUAUGUAAUUUUAAUUUAAUGACUUAAACUGGAAAGUGAAAAUGCUGAGAUGUACAUUUGUGGGUCAGUGUUGAAUUGUACCUUCAAUAAAUGUCCGUAACAAAGAAUCACUGUGCAUGAAAUGCCUGUGGGUCCAUUUAUCACUGAUGUGCAGGAUAUAAGAUCACAAACUUAAAAAACACUAUUAAAUCCACUAAAAAUAUCAAAGCAUGAGGAUGUCUCAGGUUAAAUUGCAGAAGGUUGUAACAAAUUAAACGCUUUCUUCAAUGCUUAGUGGCCUGCAAUCCCUCUUCAGCAUGGGUGUUGGACAUCACAGCUUGGCCAUACUUUUUAUCGGGUGACAAGCUGCUAAGUUUAUCUGAAAAAUCCUUUAAUUGCA